GAGUCAGCUGCAUGGACAUUGUAUCACUGCUCUUCUCAAGGGUCUCUCGACAUGAACACCAUGACAUAGAACAAAGCGCUUCUGGAUCUUGCCAGACGGUUUUGUUUAGCAAUAACUUGCGGGAGCAAAUGAUCAUGACAGAAUCCAUACGAAAGAUGAUGAGGGCGAAGUUGGUGGUGCUGGGGAGAGAGAACUGUGGAAAGACAGCUCUGUGUGUCAGAUUCAUUACCAAACGUUUCAUUGGAGAAUAUGAACAUAAAAGGGAGGUCACCUACAGGUGUCAGAAAAUGGUGGACAAAGAGCCGAUUGAGCUGGAGAUUUUAGACACUGUUAAUAAGGAGUGCCUUGGACCUACUUCCUCUCUGGAAAGCUCCAUUAAAUGGGGUGACGGAUUUCUAAUUAUGUAUUCCGUCAUGGAUCGUAGCAGUUUUGAAGCAGUGUCGCGCCUUAAGAGACUGAUUGACCACAUUAAACAGACACUCGGUAUUCCAACAGUCAUUGUAGCCAAUAAAUGCGACAUGGAGUAUGGGCGCUUGGUAAGGACAGAUGAGGGUCAGGCUUUGGCCUCAGAUCUAAGGUGCAGUUUCUUUGAGCUGUCUGUAGCAGAGGAUACUUCUGCAGUGGAGGCUGCGUUCGGGCAGCUGGUGCGUGAAGUGCGUCUGGAGUUUCAGCGCCACCUGCUGGCUAUGGACAAGCGAUCACGUAUGCUGCAGAUGAGACAUGCACUCAAAAACAAACUAACAAGGAGUAAAACCAUGCAGUGGUGACCAGUAAAUGCAGUUAGCAGAUCUGACCACUGUAUUCACUACAGUAGUGCUCAUAUCUUACAUGACUAUCUUUUCAGAGAGGAAUAACAAUACAGAACAAAUAAGUGCCUUCUGGAUUUCCAAAUCAGCAUGUUUGAGUAUUUAUGGCAGGCAGCAUAAAGCAGCUAAAUGUAGCUGUGUGUUUUUAAAGGUGCAGCGUGUAAUUUCUGUGCCACUAGAACCACCAAAAAGAAUAGCAAAAAUAAUGACUGUUUUCAAAUUGGUGUCCCAAACAUUCCAUUGCAUUGUUCAUAAAACCAGUAGUUGCUAGUUUUGUACCCCACUUAUUUUAAGUGUGAGAAGUCAUGUAGGCCUAUGCUUAUUUCUCAUUGCUGGGUUAAUUCUGAUAGGCUGUGCUUGUCUAGAAUUAAUAUUAAUAUACGUCAUGCCUAAAAUGGCAAAUGAUGUGCAUCAUGGCAGAAGAUCUGUGUAUUGUUUUGAUCUUUGAUCUUUUGAUCCAGUUUCAGUCUCUAUGAGCAUGAAAUGUCAAGGGAAAGUAGCUAGUUUUAUUUCUUUUGACAUUCUGCAGUGUGAACAAGUGAAUAAGUCUAAAUUCACUUUGUAAUUAGAAUAAAAUGUUUUAAUAUGUUACAGUACAAUCUGUUAUAACGCUUAUCUUUGUUAUGAGUAUUUUUUGAAUCUGCAUGUUGUGUUUAACCUUGUGCGACCCCAUGUACACAUGCAAGGAUGUUUUGUUUUGGCUUCG